GAUAUUUACGACUUGUCACUUGCAUUAGUAGAAUUAUUGUAUUUGGAGUAUGUUGUUCCAAAUAUUCGGAAUGGAAAAAUAAAAUGUAGAAUAUUUUUUACAGAGACGUAAAACUAGUAAAUAGUUAAAUAAAGACUAGACUGAAUAGGCUUUGUACCUUCCUACACUAUUUUUUUGCUCAAGUUCAUUUUAUUUGGAAACGUUUAUGACCAGUGAAUAUGUAUAUUCAAAUGUGAACUAAAAACAUUCAAAAAUUAUCAAUUAUCCGCACUGUGAAAGAACUGAAAGAGUGAAAUUGGAAUCAUCUGAACACCUAAAAGUGCUACAUAACAUGUUUCCAAAAUCACUUUCAAGACAAGUUCGAUACAGGAAGAUAUAUUCAAGUAAUGAUAAAAGAAACAGGCCGACUUCAUCCGAGGUUCUAACUUCUUACAUCAAACAAUGUAGCGAACCACCAUGGACAUCAUACUUCGUAAAAUAUUCCAGUAUCAGAGACGAUCAGUGGGGAAAAUCACAUUUCAACUGGAAAGUUGGAAAUUCGAACUAUCAUAUUUUGAGAACUGGUUGUUUUCCAUACAUUAAAUAUCAUUGCACUAAGCGAAAAUUUCAAAAUCUUACAAUGGACGACUACUUUUUUCGUGUGAUCAAGGUUACAAAUUUAGGAUUGCCCUGCCUAGCAUAUGGUAUAGCAGCCAUUUUCUUGAUAAAACAUAGUGAAAGUGUUAAGACAAGUAAAGGAGUUGUUGAUAUUUAUUUUCUAUAUCCAGAAGAUAAAGGGUCAUUAUAUUGAAGUAUUAUUUCAACAUAAUGCGUAAGUUGGACAAGCUGCUUCUAUAACAUAUGACAAGAAUGGUAUUAUAAUAUUGAACAAAAAAAGUUAAUUUCUUGCCAAGUUGAAUCAUCAUGAAUCUUGAUUUUGAAUGGUCUCAUCAGGGUCAGCUUUUGAUCUACUUACUCCCCAGUUCUAGAAACAGCUUCAGAUAGCAAAAAUAGCUUGGAGGAACUGCUAGUUUCAAAAUAUCAUAUGGUGCAACCGAGUGGCAUGUUAUGGAGGUUGUGAUAAAAAAAUAGCAGGGUACUUUUUUUAGGAUAUACAUAGGUUUAUAAUUUUUUUUUCAAAUACAUUUUUUGAAAAUCAA